UGCCAUUUUGAAGGGGGAAGAGUGCUACAUGCUUUUUAGCGUUUCUUCUGAGGAAUUGAAGUAUAUAAUGACACAUAGACACUCGGAUCCCACCGGAUUAGAGAAGUAUGAGUGGGAUUUGAAUUUCUCCUAGAAAACAAAAAAAUGACAGAGAAUUGGGGAGGUGGCGGCGACGAAGGGUGCGGUGGUUUGAGGGCGGAAAAGGAGCAGCACCGCCUGCGGCUGCUUCUACCCAUAGCCAACGUCGGAAGGAUCAUGAAGCAGCGGCUUCCGGAAAAUGCCAAAGUCUCGAAAGAGGCCAAGGAGACAAUGCAAGAGUGUGUGUCGGAGUUUGUGGGCUUCGUCACUGUAGAGGCGGCGGAGAGAUGCCGGCGUGAGAGGCAGAAAACGGUUAACGGAGACGACGUUUGUUGGGCCUUGUCCAUGUUGGGCCUUGCGUAUGUAUAGGGAGCAAGAGAACGAAAUAAGAAGUAAAAAUCACCUUAAAUAGGACUAAAAUAUAAUAUCCCGGAGUAAGAGUUUUAUGUUUUUAUUCCUAAAUAGAAGUUCAUAAUGCGGUAAUGUGACAUUGUACAUCUGUAUUUUACGUAAUGUAAAUGGUUAUGAUUGGUAACGUAAAUGCAUUUUAACUUCAAUUUUGGAAAUAAAGACAUGAAAGUCUUAGGGACUGUUUGUUUCAGCCUCUUAGUGGGUUCAGACUGUUUGUUCCAGCCUCUUAAUGGUUCAGAUGUCUGAAUGAUUAAGAGAUUUGCUUCUGAAUGGUUAAGUAUAAUACAGACUCUGAAUGGUU